AUGUUUAAGUUGAGUCACGUUUUGUUUUGUAUUUCUCUUGGUUACUUUUGUUUUGUUGCGUGGUCGUUAUAUGAGGUGUUUUACCCUCAAAGUUGCAAAGCAUCUCUGCAAUGUCUGUCACCAGCAUGGAAGUCUGAUGACCAUUUCAAGAUACACUUAAACUUCGUGAAAGGCAAUUUGGUCGAAACCAUUUUGAAAACCGAUAUUUUCCAGAUUAACAGCGGGAUUGUGACAAAAUUUAACUUUACCGUCCCUUCGCUAGUAAUUAAUGAGGCAAAUGUGACGGCUCGUUUGCAGCUGCUAACGGAUAAAAAUGUGAUCAUUUGGAGCAAUGAUAUAAGUUUGAUGAGCUAUAAGGAACCUUUUCGAAUGGCUUUUAACCUGUUGAGUAGCAACGUAUCAUCCAAUGAAUCAAGUAAAGAUGAGGGUUUGCUCGUGCCGUUUUGGUUGUCGACGUUGCGUGUUUAUGUACUUAAUACUGCUAUAUCUUUCAGUCGAUGUAUGCUGGAAACCAUGGCUGAUCAGCUGCGCUCUUAUGGGCUGAAACCAAAGGAUAUCGAUGAAAUACGUGGCAUUUUUCUGGAUACAAAUUUUUAUCUUCUAAUAACUACGCUAUUUGUCUCGAUUUUCCACUUGCUGUUCAACUUUUUGGCCUUCAAAAAUGACAUUUCAUUCUGGCGACGCACAGAUAAUACCGUUGGCUUAUCCAUACGGACAGUUAUUUGGCGAUUUUUCAGCUCUUUGGUUGUGUUUCUACAUUUAUGGGAAGAAAAGAGUAGUCUUUUGGUAUCAGUCCCAGUUGGGAUAUCUACGAUCAUUGAACUAUGGAAGUUAGGACGUAUGACAAAAUUUUCCAUCAGUUUUCGUCAUGGUAUCCAAUGGGGUAAACGCUCGAAGGCUGAAGAAGCUACUGACCAGUUGGAUGCCCAAUUUCUGCGUUGGUUGUUGUAUAUCAUGAUUCCUCUUUGCAUUGGUGGCUCAGUUUAUUCCUUGUUUUAUGUAUCACACCGGAGCUGGUACUCUUGGUGUUUGCAGACUAUGGUUCAUGGUGUAUAUGCCUUUGGUUUAUUGUUGAUGACACCACAACUGUUUCUCAACUAUCGUUUAAAGUCUGUGGCACAUUUACCAUGGAAAGCCAUGACCUACAAAGCAUUCAACACCUUUAUUGAUGAUUUUUUCGCAUUCAUCAUUGUUAUGCCUACUUCCCAUCGAAUUGCUUGCUUACGUGACGAUUUAGUAUUUUUAAUCUACUUAUAUCAACGAUGGUUGUAUCCCGUGGACAAAUCGCGUGUAAAUGAAUUCGGUCAAACAGGUGAAUCAGAUACGGUUACAAAAUCCUUAUCUGAUACUAGUUCUGCUAAUAAUAAAGGAAAAUUGAAGGUGACCUGA